GUCGAGGAAGAACAACAGAUAUUAUUCCUUUCCAAUUCAACCACAGGACGGAUAUACUCCUGUCAUGCGUUUGGUCAAUCUCACUUCUCCUCCCAAAUUUGUUUUUUUCUUCAACCCUUUUCGUGAAAGCUCCAGUCUUUUGAUUCAGAAGAUAGGGACAUGCAAAUCAACGACACUGCUUCUUCUCCGGAUUCAGACGCCAGCGGCGGUGACUGUUACCGCCGCCGCCCUGAUUCUGAAUCUUCUUUCCGGAAUUCCCUCAAACGGGUCGGUUACUACAAUAAUGGAGGCUCGUCAUACGGUGAUGAGAAGUCGACCGUUAACGACUACGCUCUCGCCGGAGCUAUUCUCGCCUCCGCAAACUCCGUCCUCCUGGGCUACGACAUCGGAGUAAUGAGCGGCGCGGCGCUAUACAUCAAGGAAGACCUCCAAAUCACAUCGACCCAAGAAGAAAUCCUCGUUGGCUGCCUCAACGUAUGCUCGCUAAUCGGCUCCUUAGCCGCCGGGAAAAUCUCCGACCAAAUCGGCCGGCGUUACACCAUACUCCUCGCAGCAGCCACAUUCUUCCUGGGCGCUAUCCUAAUGGGACUCGCCCCUUCCUUCCCGUAUCUCAUCGCCGGCAGGGUCGUCUCCGGAAUCGGCGUCGGAUUCUCCCUAAUGAUCGCUCCGGUCUACUCGUCGGAGCUCUCCCCUGCCUCCACCCGCGGUUUCCUCUCCUCCCUCCCGGAAGUCUUCAUCAACGUCGGAAUCCUCCUCGGCUACAUCUCGAAUUACUUCGUCGCCGGCGGCGGCCUCCCGUCGAGCCUCAAUUGGCGGGUAAUGCUCGGAUUGGCCGCAUUCCCCGCUCUCCUGGUAGGAUUGGCCGUCGUUUUCAUGCCCGAAUCGCCCUACUGGCUCGUCAUUAAGGGCCGUUUCACCGAGGCGAAACGCGUCCUGAUCAGAACCUCCUCCUCGGAGGAAGAGGUCGAAUUGGUCGACUCGAGGAUGAACGAAAUGGUGAAGGCAAUUUCGAUGGAGGAAUUGCCGCCAUCCAAUGGGUUUUGGACCGAGCUGGUCUCGGUUCGGUCGAAGGCGAUUCGACGAAUCGUGAUCGCGGCGGUCGGGGUCAAUUUCUUCAUGCAGGCUUCCGGCAACGACGCGGUGGUUUAUUACAGCCCGGAGGUGUUCAAGGUCGCCGGAAUUUCAAGCAGGAAACAGCUAUUUGGAGUCACGGUGAUAAUGGGAAUAGCUAAAUCUUCUUUCGCCUUGGCUUCGGCUCUGUUUCUUGACCGGUUCGGGAGGCGACCGCUUCUGCUGCUCGGUUCGACCGGGAUGGCGGUUUCGCUGGCUUUAUUGGGCCUGGGAUCGAAGUAUCUGGACUGGUGCGAGGAUGAAAAGCCCGUUUGGGCUGUUGUGUUGUGUGUUGUUGCGGUCUGUGCUGACGUGUCGUUUUUUUCGAUUGGGCUUGGGCCGAUUACUUGGGUUUACUCGUCGGAGAUUUUCCCGACGAGGUUGCGUGCGCAAGGGUCCAGUUUGGCGAUCUCCGUCAACAGGCUGGUGAGCGGAGUGGUGGCGAUGACGUUUCUGAGCUGUUCGGAAACGGUGUCUUUUGGCUGGAUGUUCUUGGGGCUGUCGGGGGUAAUGGUGAUGGCGACGGCUUUCUUCUAUUGUUACUUGCCGGAGACGAAAGGAAAGACGUUGGAGGAGAUCGGGGUUCUGUUUGAGGAUCAGGACGAUGAGCAUCGAAGGCUCAUUGUUUCUUGAUCUUUUCAGUCUUUUUUGUUGUACUUAUAGUGGUAAGGUACCAAAUUCUCAUGCAA